CCUUGGCGCGCCGGGCGAUGCCGCCACCGGGAGGUCGGUCCUUGGCGCGGCGGGGGAUCCCGGGACCGGGCAGGGUGGCCCUUGGCGCUCUAGGGGAUGCCGGUACUGAGAAGGACGGUCCUUUGUGUUCCGGGACAUCCGCCAUGGAGGUGCAGUCCUACUACACCAAGCUGCUGGGGGAGCUGAACGAGCAGCGCAAGCGGGAUUUCUUCUGCGACUGCAGCAUCAUCGUGGAGGGCAGGAUCUUCAAAGCGCACAAGAACAUCCUGUUCGCCAACAGCGGCUACUUCCGAGCGCUGCUCAUCCACUACAUCCAGGACAGCGGGCGCCACAGCACGGCCUCGCUCGACAUCGUCACCUCCGAGGCUUUCUCCAUCAUCCUGGAUUUCCUCUACUCGGGGAAGCUGGACCUGUGUGGGGACAAUGUCAUCGAGGUGAUGUCCGCCGCCAGCUACCUGCAGAUGACCGACGUGGUCAACUUCUGCAAGAGCUACAUCAGGUCCUCGCUGGACAUCUGCAGGAAGAUGGAGAGGGAGGCCGUGGUGUUCUACCAGGCCGACAGCGGCAGCUCGGCCAGGGAGGGCCCCUCGGUGGGCUCCAAGGGCUCCGCUGCCCCCGCGUCCUCCCUGCAGGAGAAGGUUCCGGAAUGCCGGCGGGACCCUCCCUGCGGGGACUGCGGCGGCUGCCACCCUCUGGAGCUGGUGGCCGGGGACCCUCUGAGCGGCGAUGGCUGCAGGAGGGUGGAACCCAAGGUGGAGUUUGACCCCGACGAGGCGGAGGCGCCGUUCCCCGCGCCCGCGGCGGCGCUGGAGCCCAUGGAAGAGGGGCAGCCCCUGGAGCUGGCCUGCAAUAAUUUGCACAUGAAGCAGUUCCUGGAGGCUCUGCUGCGCAACAGCUCGGCCCCGAGGAAGGAGGACGUGGUGCAUCACUUGGUCCGGGGAUUUGGGGGUAGGGCUGAGGAUGCUGGAGUGGCCGUGAGCUCCAUGGUGGACAUUCACAGCGACUGGUAUGGUGAGGACGCAGGUGACGUGCUGGUGGUGCCCAUCAAGCUGCACAAGUGCCCGUUCUGCCCCUACACGGCCAAGCAGAAGGGGAUCCUGAAGCGCCACAUCCGCUCGCACACCGGGGAGCGGCCGUACCCCUGCGAGACCUGCGGCAAGCGCUUCACCCGCCAGGAGCACCUGCGCAGCCACGCCCUCAGCGUCCAUCGCUCCAACAAGCCCAUCAUCUGCAAGGGCUGCAGGAGAACCUUCACCAACAGCCUGUCCCAGGGGCUGCGGCGCUUCGGGCUCUGUGACAGCUGCACCUGUGUCACCACCACCCACGAGGACUCCCUGCCCAUCAACCUCAGCCUGGUGGAAACGGCCUCAGAAGGGCAGGAGAAAGGAGAUGCUGACAAUGAUUGGCCCAUCUAUGUGGAGUCUGGAGAGGAAAAUGACCCAGCUGAGGAGGACGAUGGCGAUGACAAGCAGGAAAUCCACCGGAGUUUGUCGGACAGAGAGACUUUGAUGUAGCAGUGAGAGGAGAGGGGGAGCACUGAGAGGUUCCCUGGCAGUGUCUGUGACAGAAAACUGCAUCAGUGACACUGUGCUGGUUUUUAUGAUUCUGGGUUUUAAUUCAAUGGGGAGGAGAACUGGAUUUUUUGAUACUUUUUAAGUUUUCAGUGCCGUGCACCAGAAAUCUGUGAAGAAUCUUCAGUCUGGGCCUUGCAAAGGUUGGACUUGAGCAGUUUCUCUGCCUGCUGGUUUUGGGUUUGCAGGUGGAACACCUCUGGGUUGUUUUGGGAACAGGUUUUUUCAAAUUAUGAGUCAUGGUCCUUAAUCCCUGAUCUGAAAGGGACACCACCUUUUUCUCUGAAGAUGCCAUAAAAUGUGGUUUACAUCUCUUACCUUGGGACUUUUCCAAGCUAAUCUGUGAUCCUUCUGUCUUAGGACAGAGUUAUGUAAAUUAACAACCAUAAAUGUUUGCUGAGACUGGAUUUGACCUGGAAACCAUGGCAGAAAAACCAGGAUAACAAAAAAAAAACCAAACCAAAAC